CUCUCCUUGGCUGACAGCCUUUCCUCCCGUCUUUCCCCUUAGCCUAUACCCUCGAAUCUCUUCUUCCACCACUGCUUCCUCACUUCUUCUUCUUCCCACUCCACUUUCUAUACUUCCUCUAUACUUGCCCAUCAUGCCUGGCGCUGAUAGGAAACCCAAGACCUUGUAUGACAAGGUCCUGGACCACCACAUCGUCAACGAGCAGGAAGAUGGCACUCUCCUGAUCUACAUCGACAGACAUCUGGUUCACGAAGUCACAUCCCCCCAGGCUUUCGAGGGUCUGAAGAAUGCUGGUCGUCCAGUCCGCCGGCCGGACUGCACUCUGGUGACCGUUGACCACAACAUUCCCACCUCCUCCCGCAAAAACUUCAAGAACGUCGACGAAUUCAUCGAGGAAAGCGACUCCCGCCUCCAAUGCUCCACCCUCGAAGAGAACGUCAAGGACUUCGGUCUGACCUACUUUGGCAUGGGCGACAAGCGUCAGGGUAUCGUCCACAUCAUCGGACCCGAGCAGGGGUUCACCCUCCCCGGCACAACGGUCGUCUGCGGUGACAGCCACACCUCCACACACGGUGCCUUCGGUGCCCUCGCCUUCGGUAUCGGUACCAGCGAGGUCGAGCACGUCCUCGCCACCCAGACCCUCAUCACCCGCCGCAGCAAGAACAUGCGCAUCCAGGUCGAUGGUGAGCUCCCCGCCGGUGUCACCAGCAAGGACGUGGUCCUUCACAUCAUCGGUGUCAUCGGUACGGCCGGUGGUAACGGUGCCGUCAUCGAGUUCUGUGGAUCCGUCAUCCGCAACCUGAGCAUCGAGGCCCGUAUGUCCAUGUGCAACAUGUCCAUCGAGGCUGGUGCUCGUGCCGGCAUGGUCGCCCCCGAUGAGAUCACCUUCGAGUACCUCAAGGGCCGGCCCCUCGCCCCCAAGGUCGACAGCCCCGAGUGGAAGAAGGCCGUCAACCACUGGUCCAGCCUGGCCUCUGACGAAGACGCCGUCUACGACAAGACCGUCCUGAUUGACGGCAAGGAUAUCAUCCCCACCAUCUCCUGGGGUACCUCCCCCCAGGACGUCAUCCCCAUCAACGGCGUCGUGCCCGGCCCCGACGACUUCGAGGAUGAGAACCGCAAGCUCGCCUGCAAGCGUGCCCUGCAGUACAUGGGUCUCACCGCCGGAACCCCCAUGAAGGACAUCCAGGUCGACAAGGUCUUCAUCGGAUCCUGCACCAACGCCCGUAUCGAGGAUCUGCGCGCCGCCUCCAAGGUUGUCCGCGGCAAGAAGAUCGCCUCCAACAUCAAGCGUGCCAUGGUCGUCCCCGGUUCCGGUCUGGUCAAGCAGCAGGCCGAGUCCGAGGGUCUCGACAAGAUCUUCACCGACGCCGGUUUCGAAUGGAGAGAAGCCGGAUGCUCCAUGUGUCUCGGCAUGAACCCGGACAUCCUCUCCCCCCAGGAGCGCUGCGCCAGUACCUCCAACCGGAACUUCGAGGGCCGUCAGGGAGCCGGUGGCCGCACCCACCUGAUGUCCCCCGCCAUGGCCGCUGCCGCCGCCAUCGUCGGCAAGCUCGCCGACGUCCGCGAACACAUCAUCUCCAGCCCGGUCCUCGGCAAAGCGCAACCCAAGAUCGACGUCCAACAAACCUACGAGGAGCCCUCAACCGAAGACGAACUCGAGCGGAUCAUGGACCUCCCCGGCGACAACGAGCCGCACACCAACUCGUCCGCCGGCAGCGGUUCCAGCGCCGGACUCCCCAAAUUCACCACCCUCAAGGGCAUCGCCGCUCCCAUGGACCGCUCGAACGUCGACACCGACGCGAUCAUCCCCAAGCAAUUCCUCAAGACGAUCAAGCGCACGGGUCUCGGCAGCGCCCUGUUCUACGAACUGCGCUACAAAGACGGCGCCGAGAUCCCCGACUUCGUCCUCAACCAGGGCAUCUACCGCGACUCCAAGAUCCUGGUCGUGACGGGUCCCAACUUCGGCUGCGGCAGCUCCCGCGAGCACGCGCCCUGGGCGCUCCUCGACUUCGGGAUCAAGUGCAUCAUCGCGCCCUCCUUCGCGGACAUCUUCUUCAACAACACCUUCAAGAACGGCAUGCUCCCCGUGGUCAUCUCCGACGAGGCCGUUCUGCAGAAGAUCGCCGCCGAGGCUCACGCCGGCCGCGAGGUCGAGGUCGAUCUCGUCAACCAGGAGAUCAAGGACGCGGAGGGCAACAAGCUCGCGUCGUUUGAUGUCGACGGUUUCCGCAAGCACUGCCUCAUCAACGGCCUCGAUGAUAUCGGUCUCACUCUCCAGAUGGAGAGCAAGAUCCGGGCUUUCGAGUCCAAGCGCACCCUCGAGACUCCCUGGCUCGAUGGCAGUGGUUACCUGAAGCGUGGUAACCGUGCCACUAUGGUCCAGGCCGCUCCUGUCCCCAAGACGAACAGGGGUGAUAUCAAGAAUGAGCCUUUGGAGUGGUAGACAUUUGCAGAUGCAUCAAUUGCUUUUGCUUUUAUGUACAUGCACGAGGACGGACGGACUCUUGAUACGACCAUAAUGUAGCUGCUUUUCUUUUUGUUUAUGUUUUUCUUUUUGUUUUACACUCUGUUUGACUUUCGGUUAUAUAUCACUCUUCGUUCUGGGGAAAAACGACUGGACUUGACUUGACUUGAUUGGCUACACGGAUGGGACUUUAUUGCAUUGGGUUGGAUGGGCCCUUCCAAGGAAGGAAGGAAGGAAGCGAGAAGAGGAAACUCAAUCCCAUGAGAUAGGGCUAAUAAAUACCUUACCUACUAUUUAUAAAUAAACAUUUUGU